GCCAUCUAAUAAAAAUUCAUUGAGUUACCCAGGCCUACUCUAAGGUGUAACUAUCCAACUGUGUCAAUGCUAGUGUGUCUUAAACGGCAAUAAAAUGUUUCAGGCCUUAUAUGAGCUGGAAUUAGCAGGGUGCAAUGAGAUAACGGAACAAGGACUGUGGCAGUGCCUGCAUCCGCGGAUAGUGUCCUUAACACUCACCGACUGCAUAAAUGUGGCAGAUGAAGCUGUGGGAGCGGUAGCUCAGCUUCUACCUGCCUUGUACGAGUUUCAGCUACAAGCGUAUCAUGUUACUGAUCAAGCGCUCGGGUACUUUUCUCCGAAACAGGGCAGCUCCUUGGGCGUGCUCAGGCUCCAUUCUUGUUGGGAGAUUACCAAUCACGGCGUGGUCAAUAUUGUACAUUCUCUGCCGAAUUUGACCGUGCUGAGCCUGUCGGGCUGUAGCAAGCUAACGGAUGAUGGUGUAGAGCUCAUAGCGGAAAAUCUGCAAAAGCUGCGUUCAUUGGAUCUGUCUUGGUGUCCUAGAAUAACCGAUGCUGCCUUGGAGUAUAUCGCUUGCGACCUUAAUCAACUAGAGGAACUCACUUUAGAUAGAUGCGUUCAUGUGACUGACAUAGGUAUAGGCUAUAUCUCGACUAUGUUAUCCCUUCAAUCGCUAUAUCUACGAUGGUGCUCACAAAUCAGGGACUUUGGAUUGCAACACUUGUGUGGAAUGAGGAACUUGCAAAUACUAUCCCUGGCAGGCUGUCCCUUACUGACUUCAAACGGACUCUCCAGUCUGAUACAGCUGAGGCAUAUGUGCGAACUAGAGCUAACCAAUUGUCCAGGAGCAUCCAGGGAGCUAUUUGACUAUCUAAAAGAGCACCUUCCGCGUUGCCUCGUUAUAGAAUAAAUAUCGUUACAUGUGAUUUAUUUAUUCCUGGACUUCAGGGCACUGGACAACGUGCUGUUGAAUUCUAUGAAUAAAUGGCGAAACUAGUUUAUAGAACGGUAGAGCGUGUAUACCAACGUCAAUCAACCUAACUACUACUAGAACCGCAAUACCGUAAAUGUUUACUGAGCUUUAAUGCCACUUUGGGAGCUUGUUGCGUUUUAACUACCAACUUUCAGGUUCGAUUGAACGAUUUAACCAACCUUUCCAGUAGCAUAUUGUAGUAAAAUCUAUUGCAAGAGACUUUGUUUAAAGUGUGCGGAAAAAUGUGUCCUUCAUCUACUGGCAAAUGAGUAAAAAAACAUGUUUUGUGUGCAAUUUUCUACACCUACGGAUUUAAUGUUAUAGCCCACCAAUAUCGGCCAUUCCUCAUUCUUCGUUCGUGGAUUAUAUUAUAUAUUCAAUUAUACAAUGGGGGCUAUAUCACAUGUGCAAUAAAAUAAUUUCCUGAACUGUA